AUGGGUGUAAGUAUGCAGGCCCAAUUUCUACCGGCCACCUCGGACGGCUGCAAAGGGGGUCAAGCCGUCGAUUGGCAAGUAGAAAUCACCGGAUAUCCUAGUAUCUUCACGCUCGCUGCGACACUCGAUAGUAAAGAUGCGAGUAAGGCCGAGGCUAUUUGUAAGAACCUAGUCGGCGGCUGGACAAUAGCGACGACCGUUGUCUUCUUCCAGUUGCUCCUCGCCUAUAUUAGCGUCUUCUUUGACGAGCGCGAGUACAGCCUUCUAAAUCCCAUGCGCCCGGCUGUUUGGAUCCUGGUCAUCUUCGUGGGUCCUGCACUCCUGGUUCAUGACAUUAUCUUUCCACGAAUACGUCUCUGGCUCAGCUACACGAAGAAAGUUGUCGCCGAGCUCCGCAGUACGAAAGACCUUCGGAUACCAUCACAGACGCAGUUCAAGCCGCAAUACCGAAAUUUUGAAGUACCGAAGACGAGACUGACGAAUGUCCUCUCCAUCGAACACGUGUUGCUGAACGUGGUCGAUUACUUACAUCACGAAGAUGUCGUGAACAUGAGCUUGGCAUGUCGGGCUGUAAGGGAAGUUGUAUACCCGCCAAACGAUCUCGACUAUCGCGUUCCAAAAUUAACGAGACACUUCGAUGUUGGACUACCUGCUGAUCUCAUGUCGCAGGCUGCAGCAUCACCGAGCAAUCCAAAUGUCUCUACUGCAACAAUAAAGUCUGCGGCUCCUGUCAACGCAACCCUCUCUGGCCCGGCCUAUCCGGCCGCCGCCAUGUAA